AUGCUGGGCAUAGCCUGCGAUCCGCUGGAACACACAAGCAUGUACGAGCGUGGCUCAGACGACAGCGAGGAUAGUGAUGGCGAGGGAGGUCUGGGCAAUGUGUCCCGCGUGAUCAUCCGACCGCCCGGACAGAGCGGCAAGGCCAAACGCGGUCAUCUUUGCUUCGAUGCGGCCUUCGAGACGGGCAAUUUGGGAAAGGCUGAGCUAGUGGGGGACUUUGAAUACGAUUUGUAUUUGCGUCCGGACACGUGUAAUCCCCGGUUCCGAUGGUGGUUUAACUUCACCGUAGACAAUGUCAAGCAGGAUCAACGUGUACUCUUCAAUAUCGUAAAUAUUAGCAAGAGCCGCAAUUUGUUUAAUUCCUGUCUGACACCAUUGGUCAAGUCCUCGAGUCGACCGAAGUGGCAGCGUCUGCCUAAACGUCAGGUGUUCUUUUAUCGCUCGGCUAUGCAUCAGGGGCAUUAUGUCCUGAGCUUUGCAUUCAAUUUCGAUAAGGAGGACGAUGUUUAUCAGUUCUCUCUGGCAUCGCCUUAUAGCUACUCUCGCCUGCAGUCCUAUCUCAAUGUAAUUGAUGCGCGACAGGGCGCGGAGAAGAAAUAUACGCGCUCGGUGCUGAUCAAGACUUUGCAAAAUCGCAAUGUAGAUCUAUUGACCAUUGAUCAUGUAACGCAGAAGCAACGCUCUACCAAUCGGUUGGAACGCUCUUUCAUACGCGUUAUAGUUAUAUUGUGUCGGACACAUUCGAGUGAAGCGCCCGCCUCUUAUGUUUGUCAGGGUCUUAUCGAGUUCCUGGUGGGUAAUCAUGCAAUAGCGCAAGUAUUGCGAGAAAAUUUUGUCUUUAAAAUAGUGCCAAUGGUGAAUCCGGACGGCGUGUUUCUGGGUAACAAUCGUUGCAAUUUGAUGGGUCAGGACAUGAAUCGCAACUGGCAUGUGGCCUCGGAGUAUACGCAACCGGAAUUGUAUGCGGUGAAGAAUAUGCUAAAAGAAUUGGAUAAUUCCGAUGUAAGUCGAGGCUUUUUAAUUAUACUUAACUCCCCAACUUACCCCAUUUAUUAUUGACAGACCUAUCAGAUAGACUUUGUCAUCGAUUUGCAUGCAAAUAGCAGCAUGCAUGGUUGCUUUAUCUACGGCAACACCUAUGAGGAUGUGUACCGAUAUGAACGCCACCUGGUCUUCCCGCGUCUGUUUGCGAACAAUGCUCCCGAUUAUAUAGCGGAGCAUACGAUGUUUAAUGCCGAUGACCGCAAGGCGGGCAGCAUUCGACGCUUUAGUUGUGAACGUUUGAGCGAUACUGUGAAUGCCUACACCUUGGAGGUGUCCAUGGCCGGUCACUAUCUCAGAGAUGGCAAAACGAUUGCUCUAUACAAUGAAGAUGGCUAUUAUCGCGUGGGUCGCAAUCUGACGCGCACUUUGCUGCAGUAUUAUCGUUUCAUUAAUGUGCUGCCCGUGCCACUGGUUCCAGAAAUGCGUCAGAAGCGUCGCGGACGUCCGCGCACCCAUCACUCACGAUCGCGUUCCAAGACACGCUAUGAGGUCAAGCCGCGGCCCAAGACCCCGAGGUGUCAUGCACCCAUUGCCUACACCAAUCUCAGCAUUUGCUACGACUCUGGGGGCGGCUCCUCGGAUGAGGGUGGCUUUUCACCUGCACGUCCCAUUGCGCCAGGAAGUAGCAGCUUCAGUGGCUAUCGCAACUAUCGUCGAGCUGUGACCGCCAGUUGCCCGGUACAUGAUCCGUAUUCCCUGAAUGUCACCGUAAAGACGGCCAGCGAACAUGGCGGCACCCGUGGUAAGCGUUCCACAACAACAACGGCUCCAUCUACACUGACCAUAGAUGUGCCCGUGAAUGUUCCGCCGAAGCCAUAUCUAUCGAUUAUCGAUUUAAAUCAGCUAACUCGAGGGAGUCUUAAGCUUAAGGCAAACAGUUUUGAUGCGUCAGAAAGACGCUAGACGUUAC